CUUAGACACAUCGUGUAUUCUCCGAAAGACUGUUUCUUGCAAGCAAAAGCGAGCGAUGGCGAGGUAAACUGCAGUCCCAUCGAGGAGCAGGCUUCAAAGAACAACUAUCCAAGACAAGCGGCAGCACCUUUCCCAGGGCCAAUCGUAACAUCCGACCACAACAGUAAUGAGCGCGGCACGUCCUGCGGCGAGGAGCCUGCUCUCGCGGCGAUGCCUCGGCGGUGCGCCUAACGCCGCCGUGCCCUCAAGUGUACUUGCUGCGACGCAAGUACAACAGCCUCCGACAUGCCGACGACAAUUUCACGCAUCAGCCCCGGUAGAGGUCAGGAGGAGGCCGCGCUUCUCCAACGUCCACGCCAAGGCCAUGGGUUUGGUGACGGAGGAGGACGUCUCCAAGGUGACGAAUGAGACCUUCCCCGAGCUCACAAAAGAAGAGCUGGCCGCUAUGGAAAAGAUCUACACCCCGGAGCAGCUGGAGGCCUUGAAGGCUGGUGAGAAGGCCGUUGAUCCCCGGGACUUGACCGUUCAGGGCCGAGUGCGAAUCGACCCUUACCGGCUUGGCUACCUAUCCGACUUGUCCAAAAUCGAUCCCGUCGUUGACAAGCGUGUCAAGAAGGAAGCACCGCCCAACACCAGGGCGCGGUUUAUGACAGGGCCCGAGUUCGUGCUGGACUUUUACAGCUGGAUGAAAUCCUUCCUGCCAAAGAACAUCAACCUGGAAAAGGACCUCAAGAACAUGUCGGAGGAUGAGUUGAACGAGCUGCUGGACAAGUACACCCCGAGCCACACGGAUUUGUUCAACUUCAUGGUCAACCGCUCUUCCAUGACGGACGGCGGCCAGCUCUCCAACACUGCAGUUGCCCCGGCACUGAUGAGCAAGGUGCCCGGUGUCGCAGGCUUGUAUAAACGCCAGGUUGACCCUGCAGACGAAGGUCUGGACGACGAGGGCAAAUACCAGCACGCCAAGAAGCAAACGGGACUGUCGGUUCAGGAUAUAUUAGGUCUCAGGCACAAGAUUCUUGUCCAGCGUUUCGUCACCAACCAGACCCGUCUGGGUAAGGUGCAGAGCUGGCACAUCAUGACCAUCGUCGGCAACGGCAAUGGCCGGAUUGGAUUGGGUGAGGCCAAGUCGGUCGACGGGCAAAUUGCCAUGCACAAGGCGAGGCUCAUGGCUAUCAAGAACAUGGUGCCCAUCCGGAGAUACGAGGACCGUACCAUCUACGGCAAAGUCAAGGUCAAGAUAGCAGGUACCGUCGUCGAGAUGGCUGCCCGCCCACCAGGAUUUGGUCUGCGUAUCUCCCACAGGUUAUUCGAAAUUUGCCGUUUGGCCGGUAUCAAGGACCUCUCUGCAAGCAUUCCUCGAUCGAGAAACCCCAUGAACACCGUCAAGGCUGCUAUGAAGGCGCUCCAAAGCCAGCCUGACCCCGAGGCGAUCGCCAUCGGCAGGGGCAAGAAGCUGGUUGAUGUGAGGAAGGUUUACUACGGCGGUCAUGUGAUCUAAAGAUUUUGUUUCUAUCACACCAUCUCCAUGUACAUAAAACUUCCUGUACUUCCUGUGUUAUUCUUGUAACAUCUCUCUCCUGCUCUGUAAUCCUACGCAUAUAGUUUGAAGACCCUUUUAGACGGAUAGUCCGAGGUUGGACUCGAUGGCCGUUGUGUCAUACGUGAAUCAGCACGCGUCUCCAUCAACCGACCCAUGUUGCCCUU